AUGUCUAAGGUCAUGCUUGAGUGGCCUAGCUUCAUGGCGGAAUUAUGGGGCUUCCGCGAAGGUCUCAUCAUCGCCAAAGAUCGAGGCUAUACGCACGUUAUUGCUGAAUCAGAUUCGGAGGCCUUGGUGAGUAUCUUGGAGACGACCACUAAUGACGACUCCUUUGACUCGGCUUUGUUAGCGGAUUGUAAAUCUCUUAUUCGACUCUUCCGCGAGAUCAAGGUCAUGCAUGUCUUCCGGGAAGGGAAUCAGUGUGCCGAUUUCUUUGCUAAUCUUGGACAGACAUCGGCCUGGAGCAAUACUCUGCUUUACCAUCCCCCUGACGGCAUUAAGGAUCUACUGACCUGUGAUGCACAGGGAGCGGCAUCGAGCAGAAGCACCCACCUAGGCUACCCAUCAUUGCCUCAACAGAUCCGCAGCUCCUCGUGUCGGAUCGUGUACGUUUUUCGUGACCCCAAGGAUGUUUUUGUGUCUUUCUGGCACUUCUAUGCCAAGUUGAGGCCCAAAGACUCCUCUUCCUCUUCCAUUUCCUUCCCAGAGGCUUUCAACAAAUUCUCCCGCGGCGUCUCGCCUUUCGGGCCCUACUGGGAUCACGUCACAGGCUACUACAAAGCAAGUAUCCAAUCCCCCAACAGAGUGUUUUUCCUGAGGUACGAGGAUUUGAAAACAGACACUGUUUCUCAUGUCAAAAGGCUGGCGGAGUUCGUGGGCCAGCCUUUCUCUGAGGAGGAAGAGAAUGAAGGGGCGGUGCGGAAAAUCAUAGAUUUAUGCAGCUUUCAGAAACUGAGCAAUUUGGAAGUGAACAAAGAUGGGUCACGCCAGAGAUUCGUUUGGACGCAGGGGAUUCCUAUUGCAAACAACGUGUAUUUCAGGAAAGGCGAGGUUGGGGAUUCCAAGAACCACCUUUCGGAGGAAAUGAGGGAGUUUCUCGACCAAAUCACAGAGGAUAAAUUCAAGGAAUUUGGUUUGACAGCAUUUGGACGUGCUGAAGAAUGAAUGAUUCACGUAUACGAUUUUCUGUGCGCGCUAAUUAAUUCUGGUUUUUAUCUCUACACUAGACAAUUUAUAUUUCUACUGUAACAUUUUGAAUUCAUUAUUCAUAAAACUUUAUCCUUAAUUAUUAUAAAACUAGUUUUAUAUGCGCAUUGCGCGUAUGGGUUAA